CUAAUUUUUUGUAUUUUUUAGUAGAGACGGGGUUUCACCGUGGUCUCGAUCUCCUGACCUUGUGAUCCGCCCGCCUCGGCCUCCCAAAGUGCUGGGAUUACAAGCGUGAGCCACCGCGCCCGGCCUGUGUAGCCAAUAUUACAGAGUUGAGUAAGACGUCUUUGUCCUUAAGCAAUCUCUUGAAAGGACUGAGCAAUUUCGUGAAUAUCAGUAACACAAGGUAAGAAUAGGACAUAAACUGAAUGCUGUGAGAACUCCAAGAAAAUCCAAGUUGAUUUGGGGUUGGGGGAAAUUAUAAAAGACCUUGAGGGAUUUUGUCCACAGCAGGGAAUGGAGACACAUUCCAGUCAGAGGGAAGGGUAGGAGUAAAGGCUUUAAAAGCUGGAAACAUUAGAGUGUGAGAUCUUAGGUACGUUUUUAUUGAGUUGGGCUGCAUUUAGAGGAAGAGUUUUAAAAGUUAGAAAACGAGUUUAUGUGGCACUUAUACUGGAGUCCUUUGAAUGGGAAUGAAAAGAGUGCAUUUAAGAAAGUAAAUCCUGGCCAGGCGCGGUGUCUCACACCUGUAAUCCCAGCACUUUGGGAGGCCGAGGCGGGCCGAUCAUGAGUUAGGAGAUCGGGACCAUCCUGGCUAACAUGGUGAAACGCCGUCUCUACUAAAAAAUACAAAAAAAAUUAGCCGGGCGUGGUGGUGGGCACCUGUAGUCCCAGCUACUCGGGAGGCUGAGGCAGGAGAAUGGCGUGAACCCAGGAGGGGGAGCUUCCAGUGAGCCGAGUUCUGAGUUCACGCCACUGCACUCCAGCUUGGGCGACAGAGCGAGACUCUGUCUCAAAAAAAAAAAAAAAAAGUAAAUCCUGGAGCACCAUUUGAGCGUUUUUGACUGAGCUGCUUUCUAUGGCAGUUCAUCUAAGGUAAGUUUAAGGUGAGAAUGAAGAUGAGAGGCCAUUAUGCUAUUUUUGCUUUUGGAUGGGAUGGUAUGUAACUCCGCUUAGGCAUAGAUCUUGAUCCUUUGUAAGUGAGAGAGAAAAACAGACUUAAUAAUGAGCAUCUGCCUAAGUCACUUGAAUAUGUGUCUAAAUAGGUUCAUUUCCUUAAAAUCUCAGCCAGGUUGGGACUUCAUUUCUUCAGAAGUAAAUAUUGUUCUCAGUCUAUCAGAACCAGUGGACAGCAACGUCCUCAGCAUUAAGAGUCUCAUCACCUGGCCCAAUGCUGAAUAUAUAAUUAGAAUUUAUUAAGUUGAAUAAGUGAAGUUCUGCUAGCAGUGCUAAGCAGUGCCCUUGGAUAUCAUUGACAGGCCUGAUUCAUAACAUAGGAAGUUGGUUAAAGGGAAAAGGGAUUCAUGAGAAAAAGAGGCAGCAAGGCACAAAUUAUGAAUAGUGAAUAAGAGGCACUGAUGAUUUUCAAUGUGUGAGGUUUGCUGCCAUAGUGGCUUAUCUUUUGAAGCCCACAAACGUUCUUUGAGCCUUUCCUUUUGGUUUCACCUCCCCUUGCUUGGGCACUGUUUUAGAAAUGAUGACUGUGGCUGGGCACAGUGGCUUACAACUGUAAUCCCAGCACUUUGGGAGGCCUAGGUGGGUGGAUCACUUGAGGUCAGGAGUUCGAGACCAACCUGGCCAACAUGGCAAAACCUUGUCUCUACUAAAAAUACAAAAAUUAGCGGGGCAUGUUGGUGCAUGCCUAUAAUCCCAGCUACUUGGGAGGCUGAGGCACGAGAAUGGCUUCAACCCUGGAGGCAGAGGUUGCAGUGAGCCGAGAUUGUGCCACUGCACUCUAGCCUGGGUGACAGAGCCAGACCCCAUCUCAAAAAAAAAAAAAAAAAGACGGCACAGCUGAGAAGCAUUGAAAGCAAAUACAUUAAUUCUGAGACACCCACACAACUGUCAUAGUGGCCUGAAUAUUUUUGCUAGGUGAUUGGCUCGAGCUAAUGGUGCUGCUGUUGGCUAGCAAAUACUUUUUUAUUUUUCCAUUUAUAAGUGAAAGAGAUAAACCAAGAUUUAGCUCUGAGUUAUCACUUACUAAUUGCCUUAAUAAUAGUUGCCUCAUUUAGAAAGUUGCUUGAUGGUAGCCUGCCAUUGGCUCCAUACCCUAAUUACUACCAUAUUCUCUUGUAAUCUUCUCCAUGCUCCAUAACUCAUAGUUGGCAUUUCUGGCAAUGAAUGUUACAGGAAAACCAGUGGUCUGACUCUUCUGGGUUUUUAGAUGAGAGACUUAAGAGAAUUCUAUGGGCCGGGCGUGGUGGCUCACACCUGUGAUCCCAGCACUUUGGGAGGCUGAGGCAGGCGGAUCACGAGUUCAGGAGUUCGAGACCAGCCUGGCCAACAUAGUGAAAUCCUGUCUUUACCAAAAAAAUACAAAAAUUAGCCGGGUGUGCUGGCACACACCUGUAGUCCCAGCUACUCAGGAAGCUGAGGCAGGAGAAUUGCUUGAACCCGGGAGGCAGAGGUUGCAGUGAGCCGAGAUGGCGGCAUCGCACUCCAGCCUGGGUGACAGAGCAAGACUCUGUCUCAAAAAAAAAAAGAGAGAGAGAGACAGAAUUCUAUGUAGUUGAGGAAUGAAUGGGCCAGUCAGAUUCUGCCCUAAAUAAAAGGAAGAAUAACUGAGAUACCAGCCAUUUCCCUUAUUUCUCUGACAUACUUUUCUUUCUUCAUAGCACCUGGAAUGGAUAAAAGUGGCAGUUUUUGUUUCUUCCCAUGAGGUUGUGUAUCUGGAAUGAGAACCAGGAAAUUAAUCUAGACUAAGACAUUUCUAAGGACCUGGAAUGGCUUUGGGGAGCACCAGGAGGACCCGAAAAGAGUAUUUGAGGGCCUAGAGGGACAGAAGAGCUUGCCAAUAGGAUUUAUGAGAAACAAUUGAUCAGAAACAGCAGCAGAGAAACCUUUUAGAUUUCUUCUGUGGAAAAGUUGAGUCUUGGUUCAAAUUAAGUAAAAUAAACACUGAAGAGAAAUAAAAGUCUCAAAUAUAAAAAGUAUGUUACUUAUAAUGUAAAUUUAGGAAAACAAAUGAAAGGACAUCUUUAAAAUUUUUUAACUGUAGUGAAAUAUUUGUAAAACUUUUGGGCUCAUCUCUAAGAAUUGCUGUGAUUCUGAAACUUGAUAAUAUCUCAAAUAGAGAACAGUUUCAGUGAAAAAUAGCACUUGAGAAUACAUCAGAUGUUCCCAAGAAAGAAGAUCUGAGAAUGGCAAAGUGCCACUGACAAAUAAAUUAUUUACAUACUUACAUAUUACCUUGGCAAACACAAGAGACAUUCAAGUUAAAGCACGGUGCUUGAGAAUACUAUAUUGAAUGCAAUAAAGGUUGGAUUUCAUUCAUAUGUACAACAGAAACUACUUUCUUCUUCACUUCAAGAUUCGGUACAACUGUUCCUGAAUUCCAACUCUCCAUACAUCCCCAUGUCAGGGUCCUUGUAGCUCGGAGCCCUUAUCCAGGUAGAUGAACUGCUGCCCAGUGAACGCUAUGUACACAGCAAUUUGAGCACCAUUCUCUUUUUCUGGCAGUGAGGUAAAAUCGGGUCUUUUUGGAAGGGGAGAAGCCACAUUGCACCUCUGCUACACACAAGAUUAGUCUGUCAUUGCCUUUGAGUCUUUUACACUCCCUUCUUGUCAAGUAUCAGUUCUUAUGGAAACUUAUUCCACCUGGGUCCUUUCUUGUGGGCACAUCUUGCUCAAUCCCUCCUCUCUUCAUAUUGUCCCUUUUCCUGUAUUGAGUUAGGGAAAGUAUGCAGGUAUUCCUGUCAUUCCUGACCGAGGCUGUUGUAUCUGUCAAAACAGAGGAGAAGUAGGAGGCAUUCCGAAAAAUGAUCACUGAUGGCUUGCAGGAGCAAGAGCCAGACAGGACUUUGGAACUGGCAGCUUUCUGAAAUUAAGUUCAGUAUGAAUAAGAGAGGGAAAUACACAACCCUGAAUUUGGAGGAGAAAAUGAAGGUUCUAAGUAGAAUUGAAGCUGGACGAUCACUUAAAAGUGUAAUGGAUGAAUUUGGAAUCAGUAAGUCAACAUUUUAUGACAUUAAAAAAAAUAAGAAGUUAAUUCUUGACUUUGUACUGAAGCAGGACAUGCCAUUAGUAGGGGCUGAGAAGAGAAAGAGGACAACUGGAGCCAAAUAUGGUGAUGUAGAUGAUGCGGUCUACAUGUGGUACCAACAGAAACGCUCAGCCGGUGUCCCAGUAAGAGGCGUGGAGCUUCAGGCUGCUGCAGAGAGAUUUGCACAGUGUUUUGGGCGAACAGAUUUCAAAGCUAGCACUGGUUGGCUUUUUAGAUUUCGAAAUCGGCAUGCAAUUGGGAACCGAAAAGGAUGUGGGGAACAAGUCCUAAGUUCAGUUUCUGAAAAUGUUGAGCCAUUUCGACAAAAACUGUCCAUGAUAAUUAAAGAGGAGAAACUGUGUCUAGCUCAGCUAUACAGUGGGGAUGAAACAGACCUCUUUUGGAAGUCAAUGCCAGAAAAUUCUCAGGCAAGUAGGAAAGAUAUCUGCCUACCAGGGAAGAAAAUAAACAAAGAAAGGUUGUCUGCCCUUUUAUGUGCAAAUGCAGACGGAACUCAUAAAUUAAAGUCAAUCAUUAUUGGAAAAUCAAAACUGCCCAAAAGUGUGAAAGAGGACACAAGUACAUUGCCUGUGAUAUAUAAGCCCAGUAAACAUGUUUGGUUCACCAGAGAAUUGUUUUCAGAAUGGUUUUUUCAGAACUUUGUUCCUGAGGUCCGACAUUUUCAACUUAAUGUUCUAAGAUUUCAUGAAGAGGAUGUCAGGGCAUUGUUACUUCUGGACAGUUGCCCGGCUCAUCCUUCCUCUGAAUCCCUAACCAGUGAGGAUGGUCGAAUAAAAUGUAUGUUCUUUCCCCGUAACACUUCAACCUUGAUUCAACCAAUGAAUCAAGGUGUGAUCUUGAGCUGCAAACGGCUGUAUAGAUGUAAGCAACUUGAAGAGAGUCUUGUAAUAUUUGAAGAAAGUGAUGAUGAGCAAGAGAAAGGAGAUAAAGGAGUUUCCAAAAUUAAAAUCUACAAUAUAAAAAGUGCAGUUUUUAACUGGGCAAAAAGUUGGGAUGAAGUAAAACAAAUAACCAUAGCAAAUGCGUGGGAAAAUCUUCUUUACAAAAAAGAACCUGAAUAUGAUUUUCAAGGCUUAGAAGAUGUGGAUUAUAGAGAAAUUCUUGAAAAAUGUGGGGAGUUGGAAACUAAGUUGGAUGAUGAUAGAGUGUGGUUAAAUGGAGAUGAAGAAAAGGGUUGUCUCCUAAAAACCAAAGGUGGAAUAACAAAGGAAGUUGUUGAAAAAGGAGGAGAAGCUGAGAAGCAGACUGCUGAAUUUAAAUUAUCUGCUGUAAGAGAGAGUUUGGACUACCUUCUUGACUUUGUUGAUGCCACACCUGAGUUUCAGAGAUUCCACUUCACACUGAAAGAGAUGCAACAAGAAAUAGUCAAGAAACAAUUCCAGAGUAAAAUCCAUUCUAGAAUUGGUAGCUUUUUGAAACCUAGGCCUCAUAAUAUUAAGGACUCCUUCAGUGGGCCUUCAACUUCCGGUUCUAAUCAUUAGAUUUUGUGUUUAAAGAUUUCUGCCGUUACAUGAUGUAGGCCAGCUGUGAAUUGUCAUGUUUUAGCAACUGACAUUAUUUUGUUUAUCAGUGCCCAUUUAUAUAAUGGUUAUAAAAUUUACAGUUUGAAAAUAAUACAUUUAUGUUUCUUUAAAUUUAUUUAAAUAAAUUUGUGUUUCAUAAAUUCUUCUUUUAAAUUUUACACAAGGAUCUGAAUAAUGAAGUAUUGUCCCAGAUUAUCUAAGGUGGAAUGCCUUUGAGAAAAGCAUUAGUUUGUAAUCAUAGUAUAUAACAAACUGUGCUGACUAGUUCUAGUUAGCUUUAAGAUAAGGAUAGAUUAGGUUUUCAAUUUAGUGGUAAAACACACUCUGCUUUCUUAACUCCGUUACUACCUAUUUAGUGUUUGUUUUCCUCUUACUGUGAAAGUAACAUGCUGAUUAUAGGGAAUAUAUAAAAAAAGAUAAAAAGCACUCAAUUCUAUUGACUAAUGAUAUCCUCAACACUUUGGUGUAUACCAUAUAUUUUUUAAAUAGGCAGAUUACAUUGUAAAUAAAACCUUAUCUCUUACUGUCUUAACAUAUUUUAUGGUUUGUUAUUAAUAAGUUAGCAUUUAUUGAGUAUAUAGGAUUCUAUAUAUAUGUUAGUCUUCAUAACAAUGACUUCCCUUUUCAAAUACAUAAGGAAACGGAUUAAGUAACGAUAAAGGUCACAUAAACUAGUAAAUAGCAGACAUGAGACUUAAAUUCUAUUUAAUGCCAAAGCUCAGGCUUUUAACCAUCAUGCUGCACUAUUUCCGAGAGUUUCCCUUAGGUCAUUAAAAUCUCUUAACCUCACAUUUGAUGGUUUUUUAAUAUUCCACCAGGGGAUGUAACAUACCAGUUGAACUACCAGGUCAAAUAGAAUGAACUUUUGAAAAAACUUCGAUACACACUGUUAAAUUGCUUUCACAUUCCCGCCAUUAUUUUGAAAGUACUUCUCCCAAUGCACCAAUCCCAACAUUGAAUAUUGUUAUACUCUUAGUUUUUGCUAAUUUUGUAACCAAAAGAAUGGUAUCUUUAUGGUUGUUCCCUAUUUAAUAUAAGGUGUCAGGUGAGUUGAUAUUUGCAAAUAACAAGCUGUGUUUGGAUAAUUCUUA